AUGUACAGAACCUUUCCUGGUGUGGCUGUGGUGGCGGCUGACAUUGGUGGUGAUGGUGGUGGUAGUGCGGAGAGGUGGAUUUUGUUACCAGAUGAUCUACUUACAGGCAACCAAUACUUGUUCCGAAUCUAUCUCCAUAAUCUUGAACUGCAACACAAUGGAUCCCAGCCAUGCUACAAUAAUCGGCAUGGUAGUGACUACGGAGCCCCGCCCCCGUCCAACUACUCCGGAGACGAUACAUAUUCAGGGGCGCCAACAUCACAUACUCAUCAUGCAGGAUCCUAUCAAGCUGAUGCUUAUGCAGCAACAGUUCAUGGGCACCACUCGAAUGCAGUUGGUUACAGCCACGGAGGCGUCGGCUAUGGUGGGGGCAGGGAAGGUGGCGGCUAUGGUGGAGGCGGGGGUGAUGGUGGCUAUGGUGGCAGUGGCAGUGGCACUGUUGCGUUGGUACAAAGACGAAAGGUUCAGCAGAAACGAAAGAUGAAGAAGCUUCCAUGCUUUUCUCUCAUUAAUAAAGCUACUAAUCUCGCCAUGAAGCACGCCAAGGGAGACAAGCAACAUGAUUUCGGAGAUGGGUACCGAGCAAUGAGAAUGGUUAAUAACAUUCGGCUGAAUGUUGAUGCUCUGAACGGAGACAAACAAUCCGGUGGUGUUCAUGACGGCACCAACUUGUGCUCUGGAAUGGAACCAGGGAGACAACCAUUUUUGGAAGAUCCAAAGCUAUUGUAA